AUGCCUCUAACGAGCAAGUAAGUAAGGCCAUUAUUAUUAUCAUUGAACAGCCGACAAAAUUAUACCGCAUUUGUCACCAACAAGUGCUACCAAAGGCAAUAAUCUCUUUGUAUGAUAUAUUCCUCUGUAUAUCAUAAAUAUUAGAAACAGCUCGGACGUUUACAUGCCAGUUGAAAUGGACCAGAAGAGACGUAUGUACUGCGGUUCUGUGGAUGCGUGAGAUUAGUUGGGCUACGUAAGUGAUUAGUAGGCAAGAAAAGGAUAAUAUUGAGUAUUCGCCAUACAAGCAUUCCAUAUGUUAUAUUUCAACGAAUGCAAGUGAACGAACAACCAAGCUUUUCAAUACAUGCUAUUAUUACGUAAUGUUGGAAAGCGAUAAGCCAAUCCCGUAUUUGCUCGCUUGGUCGCAUGCCGGUCAAUCAUCGUCGGUCAUCUCCCGCGUGCAGUCACAUCUUCUCCUUUACAUCCCAGCUUUCAACUCAUCUCACGUAUACACUCAUCACAUUCAAGAUGGGGUUCCAGCAAUCGGUUGUACUGGGAUCUUGUGCCUUCCUGUUGGGCAUGGUCUUUGUCUCCCAAGUGGUUGAUAUCCCCCUUCUAUAUCAGCCUGUCACUCCCGAGGCUAUCGAUAACGCCUACAAAUUCUAUGAAAUGUGGUGGGAAGCUCCUGGUGCUGUCAAGGCAUUGUUCCAUGUUGCCCUUGGGUUACCACUCGUAGUGCUGCUCGUCAAACUUCACAAGUGGAGUGAGAGUGCUGUCUUCUUCGAUGGCAGCUGUAUUGUCAUGCACUUGGCGACUAUCGUUCUUUAUUUGACUGUCCAUAUCAACUCUUUCAGGACUUUCCUCUACGAGUCAACCGUCACCUCAUCGUACACCAUUCUUCCACCUCAAGCUCCACGAGACACUCCUCCUACCGCCGACGAGCGCAUCGAAGCUGUUCGUGUUCUUGCCGCAGGAAACGCUCUUGUCGGUCUUUUGACUCUCGGUGUGAUGGGUAUGCAAAUCGGACAAGAGUAUGCGAGGAGAGUGGAGGAAAGGGAGGAGCGGGAAGUUGAGACGAAGGUCAAGAAGGAUAUUUGAUUCUUCUAUGAGCCAUGCUUUAUCUUGCGGAGGGGAUAUAUAUGGUCUGCAUUGUGUUCGAAGAGUGCUGAGUAUCAUCUUGGAAAUAUCUGUAGGCCAGUGUAAUAUUGCGCGCAACUUUGAUGUGCAUAUAAAGAGCAGUAGAUGUACAUCUUCUAAUACCCCUGCCAAAUCAUGCAUUCUAAUCUAAUCUA